CAUUUUUGAGGUCAACAUUAGAGCAAAAACAAAUGGCUUCAUGGGUAUUUUGCAUCUUCCUUACAGUCACCACAUUCGUCGUGUUUGAUUCGGUUUUGGUUUAUGGAGCGGGUUACACUGUCCCUCGCGCACCAACUGUGUAUCGCCCAAGUGCAUGGACUCUUGCACAUGCCACAUUUUAUGGGGACGAAUCCGCAUCUUCAACCAUGGGGGGUGCUUGUGGAUAUGGGAACUUGGUCACAAACGGGUAUGGUACAAAUACAGCAGCAGUGAGCUCAACAAUAUUCAGCAAUGGAUACGCGUGUGGUCAAUGCUACCAAAUAAAGUGUGCCCAAUCUCCAUGGUGCUCAAAAGGCAUCGCGACUGUAACAGCCACCAAACUUUGUCCACCCAACUGGUCUAAAAAUUCAAAUAGCGGCGGAUGGUGCAAUCCACCUCGAACCCAUUUCGACAUGGCUAAGCCCGCUUUCAUGCAAAUCGCCCAGUGGAAAGCCGGAAUUGUCCCUGUCAUGUAUCGGAGGGUCCCGUGUGUCAGGAAAGGUGGUCUUAGGUUUUCGUUCCAGGGAAAUGGUUAUUGGCUGUUGGUUUAUGUGAUGAACGUUGGUGGUGCUGGUGACAUUAAAAGUAUGUGGGUCAAAGGAACUAAGACGGGUUGGAUAAGCAUGAGCCAUAACUGGGGAGCAUCGUAUCAAGCUUUUGCGACACUUCGUGGUCAAGCAUUAUCCUUUAGGCUAACUUCUUACACAACCAAACAGACAAUAACAGCUUACAAUGUUGCCCCGGCUAACUGGAACCUCGGGUUGACUUACCAAGCUAAAGUCAACUUCCAUUGAUUUAUCAACAUGAUGUGUUAAUUUUUUUAAAAUUUUCUUUAGUGAUUUUCAUGCGACACAUUUUUUUGACGUUUAAGUUGUCGUAUAAUUUGUGAUAUUGAUUGUGGUACGUAAGUUUUUGUUACAGGAACAUCAUUGUGUUAUUCCUUUUUUAUGGUGUAGUUUUAUACUUAAUUGAAUA